AUGCCGCAGGUAAUCAAUCUUGCCUUGUGGGGUCCCUACAUGUGGCCCCUCCUAGAGGCUCUCACAGAAAUGGGGCUGCCUUCCACGGAAGACCAUAGCGGGCAAGACGCCGGCCAGCCAACCACCGCUCGACCGCGUUUCCCCUGUCGGUCUCUACAUACCUUCGAUCAUAUUCCCGCCACGACAUUCCGUACAUGGUCCAAGUCGCCUAUUGCACAACAUUUUCUAGGAGGUCUCACCCAUCUGCGUCUUGAGAACUGCCAGAUGUCGCCAUUCAUCCCAGUGGAGCAUCUCACUAACAUCACGCACAUCGCAGUCCCUGGGCUGCACUUGUACAGCCAACGCGUCCUCUACGAGAUGUUGGACUCUAUUCUGGAAUUGGAGACCUUGCAAAUGCUGGUCGUGGUGCUUCCUCCACCGCCGGGUGAGAACGAUGAUGUGUCUCGUGUAGGGAGUUCCAUCGUAGAGGAGUACUACUCAUUCCAAUCCGUCUAUUUCGCCUUUCGAACUGGGAAUCUCACUCCAGCUGAGUGGCAGGAUGAUAUCGGCAUGGGAGCUGGAAGUAUCUGGAACAGCAGCAUUCCGCUGCGCAAGCUAGCGGACGGCAGCCUAACCGUCGAGCAGCUUGUAGCGAACAAUUGGCGCGCUUAA